UUCGCUACAUUUUCAGUUUGAUCACAACAACCGAACUAUUCAUAUACAAAACUUAAAAUACUCACAGAAAUGGAACGUUGGCAUAAUCGUGUUGCUGUGGUCACUGGCGCCAGCUCUGGUAUUGGUGCGACUUUCGUGAAAUAUCUCGCUAAUAACGGUAUGGUGACAGUCGGCUUGGCACGACGUAAAGAACGCAUCGAAGCGUUGCGUGAUGAUGUGAAAGAUGAGGCUAAAGCACGCAUACAUGCGAUUAAAUGUGAUAUAACAAAUGAAACAGAAGUUGUAGCCGUCUUUAAAGAGAUCGAGAGCAAGUAUGGACCAGUUGCAGUGCUAGUAAAUAAUGCGGGCGUCGUGCGCCAUAGCGAUUUGUUGAAAGAGGACAACUCACAAGAUAUACGCGCUGUGAUCGAUACUAAUGUUUAUGGUAUUGUUUGGAGCACGCGUGAGGCCUUCCGUUCGAUGAAGGCGCAAGGUGAUGAUGGUCAUGUCUUCCUCAUCAAUAGCGCUGUGGGGCAUGUAGUGCCGUAUUUGCCAAAUAACUCACUGAAUAUAUAUCCACCCUCGAAGCAUGCAGUCACUGUGCUGACCGAGAUGUAUCGUCAGGAGUUCCAAAACUAUAAUACUAAAAUCAAAAUUACGAGCAUUAGUCCCGGUGCGGUGAGAAGUGAAAUGAUCCAUGAAGAAAUUGUAAAUUUGAUGGAUAAUAAUGUUUUAGAUCCAGAAAAUAUUGCCGAUGCGUUAAUUUAUUGUCUGCAGACGCCACCGAAUGUACAGAUACACGAGCUUACGAUAAAGCCGCUUGGAGAAAAGUUCUAAGCGCUGCGUAAAAUUAUGUUACGAAUUGUUUUUGUUUUGUUUUGACUUCAAUAAAAGAUACAAAUUUAUUACAACAAAAAAGAGGAAAACAUUUUAAAAAGUAAGUUCCCAACAACAAUAAUCACGCGCGCUCAAAAUACACGUGUGGCCGGCUUAAUAAAUGAUAGAUAGUUCUAUUUGCUUUUAUUUAAAUGGUGCGACAAUAUACAUAGUUGGUCUCUCAUGUCGUUAUCUAGAUUUACUUGUAUGUAUAACCUCGUCUACCACAUAUAAUUAGAUUCUAGUGAGUACACACGCUGAUCAGCUGUUUCAAACCGAUUGAGAAAGAAGCGAACUUUGUUGCUCAUUCUAAACGGGACUAUGGCAUGCAUUGUGAAAGAGAAAUAGUAGCAGUAAAGAGAAUGUUAAGAGCAUAAACAUAAUUAUGUUUAGACGAAUUAUUAAUUUAUGAAAAACUUUUUAUGAAAAACUUUCUAAGCCAAAUGACAUUUGUUGGAAAUUAUUGGAUUGACAUAUUUUAUUUUUAUCCUUGCGUUUC